UUCAGUCGUUUCAGUGACGGGUUCAGGUGCGGCAGUUGCUUGUUGAAGAGUCUCUCGACUCGUCUCGUCGAGAAUAUAGUUUUUGCUUAUAGUAUUUGCAACCGUUGCAACCACAGCCAAAGUUCAUUCAAUUAUCCAAAGCGUACGCAUUUAAAAAUAUGCAUGACUCAAGCAAAAUUAUCGAUAAUUAGUGUGAAUUAUUUAUUUCACAUGCGUAAGCUGCGAAUUACUAACCAUCAGGGAAAUACACAACAGAAAAAGUAAAAGUGUGAAUGUGUAGAAGUAAUCACGAGUGUGUGUGAGUGAGUGACGAUAAGCAUUUUGUGUGUGUGUUUUUUUUCUGUUUUGUGACAAUUAUACUCUGUGCAAAGCACUGUUAUACAAGCAACACACAAAACACGUCGCCUCGUCUAUCGAGUCAUGAAGCUGCUGCUGAAAGUACAUGGCGAGCGCACAGCGCGCAAUCGCCGCACGCCCGAACGCAACUACUCAGCAUCGCCAUCUUCGAGAAUCAACAGCAGCAACACACCCAGUGGCAGUAGCAGUAACAGCAGCAGCAGCAAUCACAACAGCAACAACCACGACAACGACAACGACAACAAACGCAAAUCAAAGCGACUGACACGAAGUUUGCUGCUCAGUUUACUCGUCCUUUUGGUGCUGAUCACCGCCAUCGUGAUUGUGUAUGUGGAACUGAACAGGACACACUUUAGUGCGCUGGGCAACAAUAAAUCCAUUUACUUUGGCAAUACGUAUGAGGAUGGCACGUUUCCAAAUCUAGGAAACGGUCAUCUGGUCAUCGAGCGUGUGCAAUGGGGCGCCUCGGAGCAUGCCCAGCUGCUGACAGUCCCGCUGACAAGUCCCAUUCCCUAUGUGCUCAUCACCCACAUCGGUGUGCAAUCGACGCCGUGCACCAAUCUCUACAGAUGCUCCAUCAAAAUGCGUACGAUACAGGAUUCGGCCAUAGCCGAAAAGAAUCUGCCAGACAUACAGUCCAAUUUUUAUGUUUCCGAUGAGGGCAACAUUUAUGUGGGACGCGGCUGGGACUGGGCCAACACGUAUGCGAAUCACACACUCGCGAUUACCUUUAUGGGCGACUAUGGCCGCUAUACGCCGACGGCCAAACAGCUCGAGGGCGUUGGAUAUCUUCUUGCCCAUGCGGUGGCCAAUCGCAAAUUGGAUUUCAACUACAAGCUGGUCGCUCAAAAUCAGACAAAAACCUCAAAGAGUCCGGGCGUCAAUGUGUAUCGUGAGAUAAUGCGUUGGAGUCAUUUUUAUCCGUGCAACAUGAUGCAGGCGCCGAAAUGUGGCAGCGAGCUGGGCAUGACAGCCGAGUCCUGGAACGGUGCCCAAUAAGAGCAGACUUCAAAAGAUGUGAUGAGACAACACUUGCAGGCAAAACACAGACAGAAACAGACUUAAAGCCAAGCUUUAGCAUUAAGACGAUAAACAAUAAAAGAUUUGUGCAAAAGAGAGAAAAAAGUAAACCAAAUAAAUAAACAAUUUAAAAUGCAAAUA